AAGUAAGCCCGCUUAUGCGUUUCUUUUGGUAGCAGGUGUAGUUGAGGCAGCUGCGGUCACUGGCAGCUCAUUCUCUUCGCAGCGAUGUUUGAAGGGCGCGACUGAACUGCAUCAAGGAAAGAAGGAGCUCAGCCGGAAAAAAUCGGUGUUAUGCCAGUCGCUCUCCUGGUCUGCUCUCCCCUGUGCGCAGUUGUCCAGGCACCCCGAAGUUGAGGGGAGCAGGAGCUGCUUGAGCUGGCAUUGCUGCCGGGAGAAACCUGCAUGUAAUCGUUCUGAGAGCCGAUGUUCGGCUCGCACUUCUUGGGAUAGAGAGUCAAGUGAAAUGCGCUAUAAGAGGCUUCAACAUUUGCUUGAAAAAAGCAACAUCUAUUCCAAAUUUUUGCUAACCAAAAUGGAACAGCAGCAACUGGAGGAACAGAGACGGAAGGAAAAGUUGGAAAAAAAGAGAGAGAUGAUGUUAAAAUCUACCAAGGGUCAGAAUCCAGUUGAUGGCAAAGAGGAGAAAUCAGGUGCAAAAAAGAAGAGAGGGAGAGAAGACGGGACAUACAACAUCUCAGAAAUUAUGUCCAAAGAGGAAAUAUUAUCAGUGGCAAAAAAAAGUAAACUGGAAAAUCAGGAUGAAAACUCUUCUGACAAUCUGUGUCCAGAAGACCUGCAGAAAAAUGGAGACUCAAAUAGUGUCAUUAAGGAUAGAUUGUGUCAAGCUGUACGACACAGUGCCAAGCAAUUCCUUGAUCCAGUACGGAAAUUUAAUGGACAACCAGUGCCUUUUCAGCAGCCAAAGAUUUUUACUGGAGGUGUAAUGAGAUGGUACCAAGUGGAAGGCAUGGAAUGGCUAAGGAUGCUUUGGGAAAAUGGUAUCAAUGGCAUUUUAGCUGAUGAAAUGGGAUUGGGGAAGACGAUCCAGUGUAUUGCAACAAUAGCACUGAUGGUGGAGCGAGGAGUCCCUGGUCCAUUCUUAGUGUGUGGUCCUUUAUCUACUCUUCCAAAUUGGAUGUCUGAAUUCAAGAGAUUUACUCCAGAGAUUCCACUACUGCUCUAUCAUGGAGCUCAGCAGGGACGUCGUAAGCUCGUUCGUAAAAUUCAUGGACGACAAGGAUCACUGCAAAUCCAUCCUGUGGUCAUUACUUCCUUUGAAAUAGCAAUGCGAGACAGAAAUGCCCUGCAGCACUGCUUCUGGAAAUAUCUGAUAGUAGAUGAAGGUCACAGGAUUAAAAAUAUGAACUGCCGCCUUAUCAGAGAAUUGAAACGAUUUAAUGCAGACAAUAAACUCCUGUUGACUGGUACUCCCCUGCAAAACAACUUGGCAGAGCUUUGGUCGUUGCUGAAUUUCCUGUUGCCAGAUGUGUUUGAUGAUUUGAAAAGCUUUGAAUCCUGGUUUGAUAUUACCAGCAUUACAGAAACUGCCGAAGAUAUUAUUGCUAAAGAAAGAGAGCAAAACAUCUUGCAUAUGCUGCAUCAGAUUCUGACACCUUUCUUACUGAGAAGACUGAAAUCUGAUGUUGCUCUUGAGGUUCCUCCUAAACGAGAAGUUGUGGUAUAUGCACCGCUGGCAAAGAAGCAAGAAACUUUCUAUACUGCUAUUGUAAAUCGCACCAUUAGGAAACUGCUUGGAAAUAAUGAGGAAGAAGUAGUUGAGUUGAGUCCUACAGGCCGACCAAAACGCCGUAGUCGAAAACUGAUUGAUUAUUGUGAAGAACAUAUUGGUUCACCUGAUGACUUGGAAAAAUUGAUCAGCAAAAUGCAAGAGGAAGUAGAAAAAGAGAGGCCAGUGGUAGAAGUGAGCAUUCCCAUGGAUUCAGAGGUGAACCUUAAACUGCAGAAUAUUAUGAUGUUACUGAGGAAAUGUUGUAAUCACCCCUAUCUUAUUGAAUAUCCAUUGGACCCUGCUACACAACAGUUCAAGGUUGAUGAAGAUCUAGUGAAGAAUUCAGGCAAGUUUCUGCUCCUGGACCGAAUGCUUCCAGAACUGAAAAAGAGAGGUCAUAAGGUCUUGUUGUUCUCACAAAUGACUAUGAUGCUUGACAUUUUGAUGGAUUACUGCUAUCUGAGAGACUUCAAAUUUAGUCGAUUGGAUGGCUCUAUGUCCUACUCUGAGAGAGAAAAAAAUAUGCAUCAAUUUAAUACUGACCCUGAAGUCUUCCUGUUCUUAGUGAGUACAAGAGCUGGAGGCUUGGGCAUUAACUUAACUGCGGCAGACACAGUUAUCAUAUACGAUAGUGACUGGAACCCCCAGUCAGAUUUGCAGGCCCAAGACAGGUGUCACAGAAUUGGCCAGACAAAACCAGUGGUUGUUUAUCGUCUUGUGACAGCAAAUACUAUUGACCAGAAGAUUGUGGAGAGAGCUGCUGCCAAGAGAAAGCUGGAGAAGCUGAUUAUCCACAAAAGUUAG